AACAGCGCCCGUAUCGGCGAACGGGUCCCUCAGUCCCAGUCGGACAGGCGCGUUCGGCAGGCAGGAAAACUCGAAGGCGUAAACAGUGAAAAAACCGUAUUCCUCACCGUGGGGCGCGUAUCGGUGUACCUCUCUGCUGCUCGGGUUAUAAAGUUUGGCUGCUCUUGCAGCGCCAAGUCUUGUGGCGUGCGUGCGUGCUUGAUUGCGUGUCUUUCCCCUUUGCGCUGUGUUAGUUUGUUUUUUUUUUUCGUCUAAUUUUUGCGCCAUCCGUCCGUCGCGAAAAUCGUGCAUCGACCAACGAAAAUAAGCGUACACGAGCGUAUUUAAAAUAAGCAUCGGGCCAAAAGAAGUGGAAUCAAAAUAAAAGUGAGUUUGGGAGUGAGUUGCCGGAAAAGGUUUGUUUUUGGCGUGCAAAUCCGUGCUGUUACCUAGACAGUGCCCGGCAGGACACGGACACGGAGUCUCUGUGCAUGUUGCUGGCGACGGCGAGCAAGGGGCGUUCGCCAGUUCAUCGAAUUAGCCGGACCCGUGGUGGAGCGGUGCAGCAGUACGCGAUCGGCGUUUUCCCCCAUUUUCUCCAAUCAUCAGUCAACAUUUUGCAUCAUAGGCAGCGGCAGCAUCAUCACCACCACCAGCAGGCAACAAUCAACCAUUGAUCCAGGCAAGAGCGCGCGUCAUCACGACAUCCAUAUACUUGGGGCGUUGCAAAUUUGUGCUAACACACGUUACAGAAGUCCCUGAGUUUCUAACAGUGUUUUUUGUGAAACAAAGUUGCGCAACUUAUCCAGACCCCCCCGUUUGGUACUCAUCAGAUGCAAAGCUCGUACCGUUUAACGUUCCCCAGUUGCUAGUGGGUGCCAAAACGGAGAAAAGGAUAACACGGUGAUUGAAAAACAAAAAAAAAAUGUGUCAAACAAACGCAUCCCAACGGUUCGCAAAUCUUGGGCAAACGCUCACAUCACAAAGAGUGCCGAUGCUGCUCAGUACGACGGUUCGUGUGUACGUGCGUAUUGCGUGUUAGAAUUGUUUUAUCCUCGCGUGCCUGUGUGUAGUGUGUGUGUUUUGCCGUGCUUUUAAAUCGAACAGUUUCUACGUACGUCACCCGGCAUACACAGCGACCGGUGACGCUGUCACACCUCCACACGGCAACAACAACGACAACAAACCGCCGCUAUCAACCUGGCCGUUCGAUAAAAGCAACCGAGAGAGAGAGAGAGAGAGAGAGAGAGAGAGAGAGAGAGAGAGAGAGAGCAAGCGAGAGCAUAAACGGAAAUAUCCUGGUGCGUUCCGUGAGAGCGUCCUGAUCCGUAUCCGUGAGUGGCCCGUUGUUGGGCGUUUUGUAGUAUAUUGUGUGAGUUGCGAAAGGAAAAGUGGAUAAAAACAAAGCAAAACGAUCAGCAACGCGUUUGUUUGUUGUGGAGACCAUCCUCAAUUAGUAGUGCCAGGCGUCACCACAAACGGCAAUCGUGUGGUGUCACUAUCAAACUUCAAUCAAACCAAUACCAUAACGGGGCUCCGGAGAAGUAGUAACUCACGGAAGACGUCAUCCGGUGUCCAGAUGCUCCAGCUCAUUGCCACAGGGUAUUUAUGGAUGGAUUUUUCGGAGGCUGUUUCGUGUUUUGGGUAGAAAUAUCCGCGACGAUGUGUCCAACUAAAAACUAACUGUUUAAGCGUGUGUGUGUGUAUGGUUAUGUGUUUGAUUUACCGCUGCGUCAGUGAGUGUUGAACAUCUGGGCAUAAUAGUGCAGCAUAGCUAAUCGAGGCCUGGUGCGAAAUCUCCAAAACAAUUGGCGCGUUUACGACACCGAGUUCAGUUCCUUGCAGUCUGUUUAGUAUCUGUGAUGUCGUGUUUAGUGUGAUUGCUAACGAUCCGUUUAUUUGUUGAGUGUGUUUAUCAUCAUCCGCUCAGUCCUCACUCACCCACAUACACGUAUAACGGCACGGUACGGACGUUAGUACGUACUCGCAGAGAAUAGCAGCUUCCCGAGCGCUCACCGGGAACUCACUCCCGAGCUAAAUAUAUCGGUUUGUUGUCGUUGUUGUUGAUUUGCCCAUUCAACUCACAUAUUCACUCACACAGAUACAUACAAACACACACAAGAACAUUCUCGCGGACUCGGCGACCUACUGUUCCUGGCGCAGCGGUACCACGGUCGCAUCUUGCGCUGCUACCCUUGCUGACGCGUGAGCGCAAUUGCAACUGCAUGCGAGCGCACUCGCUCGCUGCACUGCUGCCAACAUGCUCUCUUACAUGCUGCCAGUCGAGGAAAAAUCACCAUCCGCAGCGGCUGCAGCAGCAACGCGUAAUCUAAGUCUCAACCUGACCACAACAACCGCCACAACAACCGCAGUCGGAGGUGGCAGUGUUGGCGGUGGCGUGGUAGUGUCGACCGGAGGUUCCGCUGGUGGUGCUACUGCUACGAUCGCGCGCGACUGUAACACCGGUGCCAGUACUAUCUCGGCCAGCACCUCCGCCAGUACCGGACAGGUGCGCUCCAUCAUCAAACCCACAGUCAAACACGGUACCGCCAACCAUCGCUAUCAGCUGAUCGGAUCUGGUGGAACGGACGCGAAACUGCUCGGCCCGGGUGAGGGGCGUCAAACACGCCACGGUUCGGGACAUUGGCAGGACGAGCAGGAGGUGGAACCAGAUCUGUGCGACGAAAGUACCAACCUGCUGGCCGGUACCGGCUGUGGUGAGGACGACGACGACGUGGACGAGCGGGAGGUCGGUAUUGACGAUCGGCCACGGCGUCCCGGUCCGGUGAAGAGUGACAAAAACUUCAACAAUCUCAUAGUGGUAACGAACGGUCGACAUACGACGAAGCCCACCAACGGGAAUCAUGCAGCUUCAACGCCCAAGCUGGCCAGUGCACUAAAACCGACGAACAACUGUGUGAGUGGUCCAGUGGGACGUCCGGGCAGCAGCAGUAGUAAUAGUGGUGGUGGUGGUGGAGCUGCUGGUAACCACACCAGCAGUAGUGGAGGUGCCUACUACAAUGGCUACAUAGCCGUCAGUGGCGACAAUGACGAUGAGCACCAUCGGAUGCUGGUCAGUGCAAACAAUCUGCGGAAUACGAGUGUUGUUGAGCAGCGGCAGGAGUGGAACGCCGCCGGUCGUAACGGUGAGGGGCUUGUCACGAGCGCCGCCACCACGACCGACCCACCGAGGCCAGCUUCCUCCAGCUUUUCAAGCACCUCGCGCAUAACCACCACCACCAACGGCAACUGCCGCACGAUGAACAGUCUGAACGGGAACCUAAUGGGGACGGAACCACCACCCGCUGUUGCUCCGUUGCCGCUGGAAACGGCAGAGAUGGGUAGUGGUGCGGCGGACGUCUCGCUCGGCAGUGACUCGGACUCGGCGACCGGUGCCGGUGGUUCGGCCACAACCGGCGGCGGCAAGAAGGUGAAGCUGAACAAGCUCGGCGGCAACAAGAACGUCACACUCAAAAGAGUAUCGUUCGGCUCGUCCAAGGGCUCGAUGGUGGAAACGCUCGUAUUCGAGACGCCGACACCCCUGCCCGAGCACGCCGAGCGGGAGUUCUUUCAGUCGCCGGCAGUGCUGGCCGGUGCAGGACACACGACCGUGUACAGUGGCGGUAGCGGUCCGCCCGGCAAUCUGGUGCACCAUCACUAUCCGAGCACGGGACUGUCCGGCUUGCAUCAUGUGCCGCAUCACCAUGCACCGUCGCAUCACCACCAUCACCAUCUACAGUACCAUCCGCAGUAUUCCGGUGGCGGCUACCAUCCGUUGGACGGUGGAACGGGCACGGCAGGACCGCACGACGACAGUGGUAUCGAGCUGCAGGAAGAAGUAGAGCGCUCGAAGGUUCGUGUAUCGUUCUUCCAGAGCAGCAAACCGCAAUCAAUCAGUCCGCCGGAGUCGCUACACCUGUACGGUGGGCAAAGUUUGAUUCAGUUCGGUAACGGCGGUACCGGUGGUGGUGGCGGCUAUGAUAACAACAACUCACCGCUAGACACCUACAUCACCUCGGCAGCACUCAACCAGCAGUACGACUCGCUGACCAACCAUCAACAGCAGCACGCACACUUUCAUCCGGACCACCGGGAUCCCAAUAUGGCGGCCGUCUACGGAGGUACCAAUGUGCCGCCAACGGCGUUCAACCGACAGAUGAGCACCGAGUCCGGCUGGGACAAUCCAUUCAGACCGGGUGGAGACCUAUCGAGGGAAGCAGAUGAAAUAGUCAAUCUGAUCAAAGGUGGCAAACCGAUCACACCUACCGGCGACCAAAGUUUAGUGAACGGAAGUACUCCUAAGGAUAGUCACAGCACCGACGACCCAGACACGACGGUUGUGGAUGGUGCGGUAACAAAGCACGAGGCCUCGCAACUGCAAGCGGCACAGCAGAACGGCACCAAAUCGCCCCACAAAUCGCCGGGCACGACCGGUGCCGCCGGUACCGGUUCACCAGCGCUCGGUACGAAAAAUGGUACCACCACGGUGGCCGACGGCAGCACGGUGCACAGCAGCACGACACCGAUCAGCAAUCAGGUGAUACCGGGCCCACAGUCCGCUUCGCACGUCGUGAUCGACGAGAAGAAAAAGAAAAAGUGCACCUGUUGCGUUAUACAGUAAAACAAACACCUCCUCCUCCCCCAACCCAUCCCAGUGUAGAGGUGUAUGUGAGUGUGUAGGUGGAUGGAUGGGUGUGUGUGUGUAUGUUUGUAGGUGUGUGAAAGAGGUUCAAACAAAACUAAACAAAAGGAGCAAACAAAAAAACUAUGGACAUGAAAAUAAUACACCAUCUGCGAAUAUAUAUCGUUAUACAUAUGCAUAUAUAAAUAUAUAUUUAUACGAACGCAGAUGGUCGCAAUGGUUAGAAGAAAUUUUCGAUGGCAAACCUACUAUUUGCAUACAUAGUAUAUUAGACACACACCCAAACACACCCACACACACAUGCACCUCAUCCACGUUCAAUAUUGCGAAGGUCGCGUACGCCUAGUUGUCGAUAACCUAUUUCUACGUCUUCUUCUAUCUGUGAGCUGCGAUCAGAAGGGGGGUUUUAUGCUAAGAAGAGGAAAACAACAAAAUUCACCUUUUGCUGCUUGUUUUGAUGUUAGGGAACGAGAAGCAUUGUUCGGCUGCGUUGGUAUGCUGGUUCGCUAGUCCAGGACUGGCGAACAGGAUCGUACAACAGGUUAAUAAUGAUAGGGUUAGAACAGUUGGCGGCGAACGGAGCGAUUCUUGUAAAACAUAACCGACCAGAGACAAAGAAGAAGAAAAAACGUUGACGAUCGUUUAGGUGGGUGUUAGGUUUAAGCGGCUGAAGAGAAGCGGAUGAGUGUGCGCAUUUGUGUGGGCCAACACCCCAAUUUCACACACACACACACAUACAACUCUCACACACACACACACACAUUUAUACACGUACACAUCUGGUGCAAUGUAGUGCGAUAGGAACGCAAAAGGACAGGUGAUCGAAGUGCUGGGACAAUGAGAGGUUUGGCGCAAUGACACUCUGCAGUCAUAGAGUUCUGAUAUUUUUUAGAUUUGUUUUAUUUGGUUUUGUAACACGAAUGUGAACGUGUGUGCGUCAUUCGCAUGCAUAUACGUACGCAUCCCAUUUCCCCGAUUUCGAUCGGUCGGCUUUAUCUUGCUCUCUUCCAAUCCUGUUUUGUCGCCACGUUACAACGUGAAUAUGUAAGUCAGUAUAUGCUUGGAACCAUGUUGCAUGUCACACGCCAUUAAAGCAGCGGACAUUAAACCGGUGCGUGAAGUAGAUAUCAUCAUCAUGGACACCGGCGGCGCGGUUAAUUAUUUUUUAAAUAUUUUGAAAUCCCAAAAAUCGAUGACGGGAGAAUAUACUGAGCUAAUAUGAGUUUGUGUACAAAAAGAACUCAAUUUUAUCUUUAUCCUCCUAAAUACAAAUCACACACACACCUAUACAAACGGACGGAACACACACACACACAAUUCUUCACCAUUUAAUGGCGUAUAAAGCCGUAACAUUUAUUGUUAGAAAUUUAGUAUUAAAAAAAAGACGACGACUAGUGGACACACGCCGACAGUAGACGAGAGAAUAUAUAGAUAUGUAUAUGUAUUUAUGUACACACACUCAAACACUACACACACAUGCGCACACACACACACGAAGUAAAAGAAGGAAGUAGGCAGUUGGUCGGUUUUUUCGGAGACCCCGGAAACAACCCAAAACGGUCACGAAUAUGGAACAAUCGAUUAGGGUAGAGUGUAGAGAGUGCGGGGGGAAGUUUGCUGCAUUUUUUUGUUUGUUGUGUACAGAAUGGGAUAAUGAUGAUGAUGAUGAUGGGUGGUGACGGUGACAUGAAAGUGGUAGUAAUUCAUUUAGUAAUUGAUUUCAUUCAUUAAGAGCUACAGAAGAUACCGAGCUAGACGGGAAGUUGCAAAAUUGUUUUGUUGUGUGAGAUUAUUCCAAAAAUGGCAAGAGCAGUAUAAGAGACAUCAGUUUUUUGUUUGCUUUGUUCCACACCUCCAUAGAUCCAUAGAUCCAUGCAAAUGUGCGGAUUCUGUUAUAGCUAUUUAUAAUUAUCCAUAAUCUUUUUUUAAUGUUAAGUUCAAAACUUGUUUAACGUGCAAUGAUGUGUUUUACAUGUGUAUAUCCUAUUGGAAGUCCUACAUCACUUUUUUUCUAUAUUCCCAGGCAGCAGUGUAUUUGUGUUGUUUGGGGUGGGCAAUUGUCAUGUUCGACAGUUUGACAAUGAACUGCUCGAUGCAAACGCCUUUCGGAGGAUUCGGAAGGUGUAUUAGCAGACGUAUACAACCAGUAUAGACAGUCUAACGUUUGAUAACAUAUUGGAUAGCUGUUGGAACAGCGAAGCGAUUGUUUUGUUAGAAUUGGUGAAUUUUCUUGUACAGUGAUUAACUCACUUGAUGGAAGUAAGUUAUUUUAUUGACUAUUUUGCCACAGUCAUGUCGUAAUUUAUUUACAGUCGAGCAUGCUGUGUUGUAACCAGACCAAAGCCAGCAAAAUGGAGUAAUGAAGGUCAACGAUAUUGUGUUUUGCAUUGUAUUGUGUUGUAACCAGACCAAAGCCAGCAAAAUGGAGUAAUAAAGGUCAACGAUAUUGUGUUUUGCAUCCAACUUCGUGGCCGCCAUGAUCUGCCUAACUGCAACUACUUAAAAAGCCGAAAGCCUUUUUAGCUAGUAGUGCUCUCAACUCGCAACAAUCGAUGCAGUUUUUAAACUCUUUGGUAUGUAGAUGGUGCUAUACUACUACUACUACUGCUACCACCAAUACUAGUACUACUACUAUUUCUGCCUGAACCUACUACUAUCACUGACGGGAAUUGACUGUCUACUACGAACAGUACGGCGGCCAUCUUGCACUAACCGUAAGCAAAUUCAAAACAAAAAAGGGAAUUUGCCACUUGCUUGGCGCGCAAAUAUUCACUCCUACACACACACACACACAAACAAUUCCUCAUCAUCAUCAUCAUCAUCACCACUCAUGCCAAGUUUCGGUAGCAUUCAGGCUUUCGAUGUGACAUCGUGUACCAUUUGUUUCCGUUUCCAGCGUUUUGCUCCGCUCUAAUCUCUCAUCUCACUUCAUUCGUUACGCGUUAUUACUAUCGUCACUAACACAUACCCAUUACAAACACACAUACACACACACCCUCGCAUAACACACACACACACAAACAUAACAGACUAAAGGGGAGCCAUUUUGUGUGGCGGCGGCGAUACUACUACUACUGCUACUUCUACUACUACACAAGCACACUCACACUCACAUAUAAUAUAUUCGACUCGAAAAUCGAACAAACCAAUUGUGAAAAAAAGCAUCAUCUGGUGAAGAAAACGUAGCCUAGAACUCUAGAACGGGGACAAAACAACCAACAACAACAACAACAACAAAAUAAAAGUGACAAAGGUAGAAUAUAUGUAAAAAAAACAAAACAAAAGGAAACACGGUAAGAAACAAUUAAACGUGCAAAAAUGGUAAAGAAGUAACCCACGAUUCAAGAUGGCUGAAGGAAGCGAAUGAGAGGUGUUAGGUAUAGUGUAUUAAAGAAGAAAAAACAAAACUAUUAAAAGCGAACCGAUAAGCGAAGAAGCGUAUGUAAAGCGACUAGAAACACUAGAUUCGAACAGUGAGGCGAGUGCCGGAAAUCACCACAGUCUGGUCUGAGGGAGUGGAGCAAACAAAAAAUAUAUAUAUAUAUAUACAUAUAUCUGUGUACUGGAAGGAAGCCCGAAUCCCUCUAAGUGAGAUGAUGUUUUUUUUUGUUUGUUUUUUUUUUAAUUUCCGAACAAUUUAACAACAGAAAUUCGGAAAUGAGUAUGAGGAAAACACUCACACACAUACAUACAUAUACAUACACAAAGAAUAUAAAAAAAACGCCGGUACAAUUGAUGAUGAGCGCUCUUUUUAGUAUUCAGAGGUUCAGAGGGUGUGUCGUGUCGCCCGACUUUUUUGUAGGUUAGGUUGAGCUAUACAAUGUGAGCUACCCACACACACACACACAUUCAUUGUUUGCCGUAACACGGUCGAAAUGAAAAUUUGAAACAGUUGUCUAUUGUGCAGUUAAACGAGAGAGAGAGAGGGAGCUACAAGCGUGAAAAAACCCCCCUCUACGAAUCCCACGGAGACAAGCCGAAAUGAUCGGACGGGGAACAAAAACAUACAAACACACAGACACAGACAGACACACAGAACACAGAAUCUAUUUAUUAUAUUGUAUUGAAAUCUAAAACGAAACAAAACAAAAACCCAGAAAAAAAAAGUAAACUAGACGAUAAAGUAGUGUACGGAAAACAUCUAUCCACAUACACACAGAGAGAAACAACAGAGUGGAACAAAUUGUAGUGAAAAAGCGGGGGCAAAAAAGGGAAAAAAAAGGCAAAAAACCAUUGCAUUACCGAGGGUGUGUGAAUAAGUGCAAAAAAGCAAGUGUGCUACCUGAAACGUGCGUAUAGUGGACAUUGAGGCGAUUAAUCCGAGGCCGGACGGCACUGGAGUUCGGUGUGGAUGAUUUACGCUUGUUCUUCGGUUCACACACGGUUGAUGGUGAUCAACGCCGCUCUUCUCUCUCUUCCUUACACACACACACUUGCUGCUCGAUGACAGUACAGAGUCGUCGUAUCAGUAUAGGACAUCUGCCAGGAACACAUCCUCUCCUUACUACACCAGGAUAUGGUGUGCAGGAAUAAGAUAUCACGGACUAGGGUUGACGACUCUCACACUGGAAUGAUAUUACCCGGAUGGACUUAUACUUCCGCAGUCAUCACACCAACUACUGCUCGAAAGGUGAAAACGUAUGUGAGUGAGAGAGAGAACUAAGGAGAGCGGAUGAAAGGUAACGUGCAGAUGGGAAAGGUGGUGAAGAAUGAACAGCAGAUUCGGUGCGAAUAAAACUAUAAAUCGAAAUCGAAGUAGAACAAACAAACAGUAACAACAACAAAGAAGUGAACAAAAAACGGAGAAGAUGUUAACUAUAUGAUGAGAUCCCGCUAUUAAAAAGAAAAACCAGAAGAAGAAGCAGAAGAAGAGGAAAGAUAUUUCAAUAAAGAAGAAAAUGGAAAAGUA